AUGGUACGAGUAGUGGAAGUGAAGACAGUUGCAGGAAUUUGUAAACGGCCUAUUCAUCGGCUUGCUCCACUGUUUCGAGAAGAUGAAGAGAAAGACGAAAAACGAAAACAUCAUUCAAACAUAAGCCAGGAAGAUACUUUGGUAGUUCCAUCAAAGAAAAUAAAGUUGCCCCAACAAACAACAUUAUUCGCAAUCAUUCUCACACUAUUCUUUCUGCCAAUUAUAUUGGGCAAUCCUGUAACCACAACACAGCUUAAUUCAAGUAUUGGUCUCUACUUCGAAAAUAUGGGCACUGUUCAGAUGGUAACAGGUGAAUGGAAAAUGGUUGUUUAUUAUGAAUUAGCUCCGGUACAGACCCAAUAUAACACAUUCGUUAAUGGAAUUUCUGCACUAGAUAAAUUGUGCAUCAAACUACAGCAGGGUUCGGCUUGUCACACGCUCGUAGGUACGUUUGAGCAUACAAGAGAUGAUAUCCUACAGGAGAAGAUUUUAUUAAACAACAGACGAGACAAACGAGGAGCCAUAAACCUCGUUGGAAAUGUGGCAAAGGCUUUAUUUGGGGUUCUGGACUCAAAUUACGCAGAGGAUAUGUCACAAACAAUAAAUCAGCUAAAGGAAGAUGAUAACCACCUAGCUAGAUUGCUGCAGAAUCAAACCUCCAUAAUAGAUUCAACAUUAAAUAUACUUAAACGUGAUGAAGAAACUGUUAAUAGUCAACUUGGUCAACUUCAAGAUCAAAUUAGCCAAGUACUAAAUCGAAUCGACAAUGAAACCGAACAAAUUAAAAUUACGCAGAUAUUCAUAUCAAUUGCAAUACAAUUGACACUGAUGGGUGCUAAUUUGCAAAGAAUACAAGCGGAAAUUAUAAAUGUUUUAAUUGACUCUCAUCACGGAAAAAUAAGUCCUCUAUUGUUAUCACCUCAACAACUAAAAAAUGAGAUCAAGCAUAUAAGAAGUCAUAUUCCGCCAUCUCGACGAUUUCCGGUUAAUCAAGAUGAUUUAGUUCAACUCUACAGAAUAAUGGAAAUAUCUGGAGCAGUAACUAAGGAACAAAUCAUAUUUGUUAUUAAGGUACCACUUAUAGAUUCCUAUGACAUGGAACUAUUCAGAAUAUUACCUAUACCAACAGUUAUAAACAACACCAUUUUAACAAUCAAAAGUGAUGUCUCGUUUAUAGCAGUAAACACAUUUCGAGAUCAAUACAUUCCCCUGCGAGAAAAUGAGCUAGAUAAUUGUCAAAUUCCGAACAAGGCGGUGUAUAUUUGUUCUAGAAAGCAUAUAAAACUAGGCAGAUACUCAGAAACUCAUACGUGUGAGAUAGAAUUAUUUAAUAAUCGAACCACAACAAGCUGCAGAUUAACACAGUUAUCCAAUAAGAUGGUUUGGACGAAAAUGGAACAAACAAAUCAAUGGAUAUAUGCUACAGUGAAUAAAACUGAGAUGUCAUCUGUUUGCGGAACACAAUUAAAUCAAGUCACAAUAGAAGGAUCGGGCAUUCUAACUUUACGACCAGAAUGUACAAUAAGAAACAAUCUAGUUACAAUUCAAGGUCAUUACUCAUUGCCAUCUGUAGUUCAUUCAUCAUUUGUUCAUGUAGAACAGCUUGCAUCCAUAACUACACCAAAUGAAAUAAAAACAAUCAUCAACAAGGCUGACGAUCAUCUUGAGACACAACUGAAAGAACUAUCAAUGUUACAUCAAAGGUUAAAGGCUAUGGAUAAGUUUUCAGUUAAGGCCGAACCAGUUUCUCAACCACACCAUAUAAUUAGUUACGUGGGAACUAUUUUACUGCUGACAUUGUGUUGCACUUACAUAAUAUACAAAUCUACGAAGAAGUGUAAACAAACCCGACGAAAAGAUGAUUCACCUCAAUCUGAGUCCACAGCAUAUCCACAACCUACCCCAAGACGGCAACAGCUCGUUGUGGAAGUAUAA